UCACAAGAUUGAAUUGCAAUUGUUGAAUAUUUGUUUUGUUCCCCUCUUCUGCGUCAUGAAUGUCACAACAUAAAAAGUUUGUAAACUAUCUAAUAGUUUAGUUGAGACUAACAAAAAGUGAUGAACAUUUAACGCGGAUUAGCUGGAAACUGUUCCAAGCUGAUAUUAAAUGUGUAUUUAUUAUUAGAAUGUGUCCAAUGUCCACUUAUGAAUUCCGUACGCAUUGAUAUAACAAAAUACUGACGUCACAUAUAACAAUUUAUUGAUGCACAUUAUCAACAGUCGCGGUUAAUGUAAUGUCCACCAUACUAAACAAAUAAACUAUCAAACUAUCGAUAGCGUUUGACAGAAACUAACAACAAAAAGCGCAACACGCACAUAAUAGACACACAAAAUAUAGCAUCUAUACUUGUAUGUGUGCAUAUGCGUGUGCUUCUGUGUGCGUGCGAGUGUGGGGGAGUUUUGUGUUUAGCACUCAUAACAAACAAUCCGUAAAAAAUGCCGCGUAAUUUAGGCCCUGGAUCUCACCUGGUGGAUCUAGGCGUUGUCUGCCUAAUAUGCUUGCGUGCGGAGCCCGGAUAUUGUUCCAUCUAUGGCCAGGAUCUGGAGACGCCGCAUAUGCAAAUUGUGGAUAAAAUACGCAGUUGCAGUGCGCUGCGACUGGACAGGCCGCUGCUCUCCCAAUUGCCCGAUAAGAUCUGCCAUGGAUGCCGCAACGAGCUGAGCAUUACAUACCGUUUCCAGCAGAAGUGUCUGGAGGCACAGAAGGUAUUCCAAUCGGCAGCUACAGCUACAGUUCUCCUGGACGUGGACAAGUUGGAGCUCGAGCAGACGCAGCACCUAAAGCUGCCCCCCAGCCUCAAAAUUAAACGACUCGACACUGAAGCGGCCACCAGCAAAGUUAAGUAUUACAAUGAUGAUGAUGAUAUUGAUGAUGAUGUUGAUGAUGAUGAUGUGGAUACGCUGACACUGAUUCGGCCAGACGAUGGAGCCACAACGCUUGUGCUGCAGGAUAUGACAGCCGUUGCCUCUGACAAUGAAGACGACAAAAUGAUUGCACUGGACGUUGACUGGUCGGAUGAACAAACGGAGCAGCAGCGACAUUGCAAGUCGGAGCCGGAUCUGGAGCUAGACCAGGAGCCGGAGUUUGAUCAUGAGCAAGAGCUGGAGCAAGAGCAGGAUGAGGACUUCAAAUUUCCCGUUGAGGAGCGAGUGCACUCACAGCCUACGCCGUGUAUUUCCGUCAACAACAACAACAACAACAUCAACAACAACAGCAGCAUUAUCAAUAUCGGCGUCAGCUCGCGAAGUCGGCGCACGACAGAGCCCAAGAUUUGUGACAUCUGCGGCAACACGUACAAGUAUCAGCAUGCGUUAAACGCUCACAUGCGGCGCCAUAACAAUGAGCGUCCCUAUCCCUGCGAGGUGUGCCAGAAGGCGUUCAUAUCGAACGUGGAGUUGCGCCGGCAUAUGCGUGUGCAUACCGGUCAGAAGCCCUACGGCUGCCAUUACUGCGAGCGGCGCUUCUCCGAUUUUGGCAGCAGCAAAAAGCACGAACGGAUCCACACUGGCGAACGUCCGUAUGUCUGUGAGGUGUGCAACAAAGGAUUUGCUUAUGCCCAUGUGCUCUCCGUGCAUCGGCGUACGCACACGGGCAAAAAGCAAUUCCAGUGCACCCAAUGUGACAAGGGAUUUACCAAAAAGUGUUACCUGGCGACGCAUCUCGCGCAGCAUCGCAGCAACCAGCCGGACGUGGGGGAGCUGGCUACGGCAACGUUACAGCGGCUGCCCACACGCAAGCAGCAGUCGCGACAGCAACAGCAACAGCAGAAGCAGCAGCAACAGCAGCAACAACAACUGCAGCAACAGCAAAAACAACAGCAACAGCAGCUGCAAGAAAAACAACAGCUACAACAGCAGCAGCGAAAGCAACAUAUGCGCUAUGAUCGCCACGACGACUUAGCCAAUGUUGAUGACGACGAUGACUAUGACGAUGAUCCUGUCACUGUGGGCAUCGGUGCCAUGAGCACCCUUAACCAGGUGGGCGGGGAGCAGGCCAAGGUCUUUGAGGAGUGCAUUGUUAACAAUGAUUUUAUGUUCAACGAUGAAGAUGCGGAUGAGGCCGAGCAGGAUCUGGCCGAUUACCAUGAUGCUGAGCUGGACGAUAGCGAAUUUCAGAGCGUUCAACAUGUCAAGGUGCCGUACGGACUCGUCAGCGAUCUACUCGACGAAGAUGAUCUGGUCAGCGAUACCAAAUACUUGAUGGAAUAGUUUCGUUAGCCCUCUCCCGCCCACCCGUUCUAGUUCUUAAGCAUGCAUGCAAAGCAAUUUAGUAUAGUGCUCAUCAGCUGUGUAAAUAAACCCGAGUUGGCAACGGUUUCCAACAUAUUCUAGAAAACAAUGUCAAAAUAUUGUCUAUAUGAAAAAUGUCGAGCUUCAAAGUUGAAGAACAAUUGUGUACACGAGCAACAGGUUGUGUGCUCCAUAUUCGACAGCCCAGCAAACAAUAGUAUAAUACACCGAAGUCGAGAGUGCCGACCACGGCAUACCCUGCAUACAGUUCCGAGAUCGAUAUGGCUAGAUCAACUUGGCCAUUGAUUAUCCUUAUCAUUAUAGGAUCGGAUACAAAUUUAUCAAAACACGUAUUGACUAAGCGCACCACAAUUACCUAUUAUUAAUAUUAUCUAUUUAAUAUAAUUAUUAUCUAUGUGAAAUAUAGCUUAAGAAGUUAAGUUCAAAAUACUAUCUGUAGAUUUCUAUUUCCUAGGGUUGGGAAGUAUGUAGAAAACAGAUAUCUAAAAUUUGACGCAAAUAACUUUCUGUGCUAUACACAUUUGUAUAUAUAUACAUAUAUAUAUUGAUGUUGAAUCAGAACUUUCAGAAGUUACAUAUUAGAUGUGCACAUGUAUUUGCGAAAACUCCAAGAUAUCGCACAAUAAAAAUAAAAAUUAUA